GAUGGGGAGGGAGACCUCAGACCCUGAUCUUGACCCUCGGGAAUUGGCGGUCGCCCGUGCUGCGCUGUGGGGCCAAGACCCCUGGGAGCUCCUGUGGCAGGAUGAGGAGGGGGACACGCUGCUGCAUGUGCUCUGUGCAGGGGGGCUGCGUGUGCCUGCCCGGGCUGCAGCCGAGGCUCUGCGGGAUCUGGGAGGGCUUGAGAUGCGGGAGCACCUGGGAAAGACCCCGCUGCUGGUGGCGGCAGCAGCGGCGGCCCCAGGAAUUGUGCGGGACCUGCUAGUCUUGGGAGCUGAUCCCGAUGCUGCUGACCACAGAGGUCGGACAGCCCUGCACCUGGCGGCAGCCUAUGGGCACCCUGAAAUUCUCCAGGCCAUGAUGUCCUCGGGGGUCCCUGUCAAUAUGGAGGCCAGAAACUUUGAGGGCCAGACGCCCCUGCACUGCGCUGUCCUAGCCCACAAUGCGUCACUGCAGGGGGGGACAACCCCCUCGGGGGGCCCUGUGGGGGGAUCCCCCACUCCCACCCUCCAGGACCGACUCCGCUGUGUCGAACUGCUGCUGCAAAUGGGGGCAGACAGCAGCAGCCAGGACACCAAGAGCAGCCUGACAGCCCUACAUCUGGCUGUGCGGGCCAGCAACCUGGCCCUGGCCCACCUACUGCUGCGCCAGCCUGGCGCAGCCCCACGCCUGGUCAAUAUGAAGGCCCAUGGGAACACCCCCCUGCACAUGGCAGCAGCACUGCCCGGAACCGCCAGCCAGGAGCCCCUCGUGCGGCUGCUCCUGGCCUGGGGGGCUGACCCCAGUGCCCGAAACCUGGAGCAUGACCUGCCUCAGGGGCUGCUGCCCCCUGGGCCCCCCGGAGACCAGGUGGGACCCCUGCACCCCUACCCCCACCCCCAGCACCCCCCUAGCACCCUGCUGCGUCCAAAAACCUCCUGCUGGUGGGGAGGAAAUACCCCAAAUCACUCCUGGAACACCAAAAUCCCACUGUUUUAUCCCAAAUCCCUCUGUUUUACCCCAAAUCCUGCUUUUGUACCCCAAAUCCCAUUGCUUUACCCCGCAUUGGUCACAGCCAGCAUAGCUUCAUGAGGGGAAAGUCCUGCUUGUUGAACCUCAUUUCCUUCUAUGACAGGAUAACCCACUUGGUUGAUCUAGGAAAGACAGGAGAUGUAAUCCUUUUGGAUUUCAGUAAAGCUUAUGACACAGUCUCUCCCAGGAUCCUUCUGGACAAACUGUCCAGCCCACAGCUGGAUAAACACAUUAUGUGGUGGGGGAGCCAUUGGUUCAAGAGUCGGGGACAGAAGGUGACAGUGACUGGAGUGACAUCAGAUUGUGACCUGUCACUAGUGGGGUUCCACAGGGCUCCAUCCUGGGCCCUGUACUCUUCAACAUCAUCAUCAUCUAUGACUUGGAUGCAGAACUGGAAGGGACACUACUUAAGUUUGCUGAUAACAUUGAACUGGAGGAGCUGUCGAGUCACUCGAAGGCAGGGAGGCCCUGCAGAGACAUCUCAACAAAUCUGAGAGUUGGGCAAUCACCAACUGAGUGAAGUUUAACAAGGGCAAGUGCCGGAUUCUGCACCUGAGGCAGGGCAACCCUGGCUUUGUGUAUAGACUGGGGAAUGAGAGGCUUGAGAGCAGCUGCGGGAAGGGACCUGGGGGUCCUGGUCGAUGGCCAGUUGACCCUGAGUCAGCAGUGCCCUGGCAGCCAGGAGGGCCAACCUGGGAAGCAUCAGGCAAAGCAUCACCAGCCAGUCAAGGGAGGGGAUUGUCCGGCUCUACUCUGUACUGAGGAGGCCUCACCUCGAGUCCUGGGGACAGUUUUGGGCAUCAAAAUAUA